GUUAUCUUCCAAAAAUCACAAACAACAAAAAAUGAAGCCGGCACCAAAUGCCGGUCCGUCAUCGUCUAGCGGAUCAAACGCGCCAAGUUCAACCGAAAAGAAAAUCAUUAUGGUUGCCACUGAACAACGUCUCUACGAGCUGGCUUGCAAAGCCCGUGCCAAAGGGAUGUUCGUGAGAAUUCCACCGUCACAUAAGCGUGCUCGUGCUGUUGCCGAAGAAAUGGCCAAGUUCAUGGCAUACGAGAGAUACACAGUUGUGAAGCCGCUUGCCGACCUCACCGAUGUUCAUCAGGCAAUCAAGGAUCUUAGUUUUGUCAAGACGGAGAAGCUGAAUCAACGUCCAGGCUACAGCCACAUUAUGACUGUGCUCAAGGAAGAGUUCCAGAACUAUUCGGCACUGGCUCAUCAGCGCGGCCUUGACGAGAGAGGGGAGAUUUACCAGCUUCUGGCCCAUUAUCCGAAGCUUGGCUUGAUUCUUCAAAGAAUCACUCAGCGACGUCCACUUCGUUACGGCGGAGUCAUUGAUGAGAAGCAUGCAUGCACUCAUAUCAAGAAAACGUCCAUUCAAGUUGCUAGUUUUCUCAACAACAAGACUCGCGAACGCGUAGUGAAUCCAGUUGGAAUUAGAUGUGAAGUUUGUGAGAAAGAAGUAGAGGCCGCUGCAAAUGAAAAGCUAGAUGUUAUGCAUCAGCGACUUGAAGAGGAGAUGAACGAUUUCACCGUAGACGCUAGCCUCCAACCACAUAGCUUCGAAAAAACAUUCAAAAUGUCGAAGGUCAACAUCGAUGGCAUUGAAAGUCAGGACUACGUGAAGCCGAUCGACACUCUCAGAAAAAUCUGGAACAUGGACCUGGCUGGUAUCGAUAAUAGAGAGAUGUUGUUCAAGAAACGCAUUCAACAGCAGAAGCUCACUGCAAUGUUCAAUAUUUAUAACGAUAAAGAAAUUGGCGAAGAGCUAGAUGGAGUUGUCAAAGAGAUAGAGACACUGGCAAACGACAUUCAGGAGAAGGACGCGGAAACUGUCACUCAACUGCAGGUUUUGAAGGAAUCGUUUGGUGGCGCUUGGGAAAAGGCUCGCAAGUGCUUGGGCACCAAGUCGGCUUUGUCAUCGGAUGACAGAAACAUUCGAAGACUCCAGGAAAAACUUGAAGAAGCGGAAAAGGAAAAUGCAAAAUUGCGUAGUCUAUUGGAAAAGGAAAAGGCCAAGAACCGUUCGGACGAUGGGAAGCACAGCUCAAAGUACUUGAAAAAGGAUAAAGGUCGCGAUAAGGAUGAGGAAGACGAGCGUCGCGAACGCAAGCACAAAGUCAAGGACCGAGACGAGGCUUCGUCCUCCUCCUCCUCCCAUUCUUUUUCAGCCAAGCGUAAGCAUUGACUGUCUUUAGCUUGAAUGUUCUCAAAACAAGUUUCGAAACAAAAAAAAAUAUUUGUUCCCAUUCCAUUUCAUUUCUUAGGCAUAAAAUGAAAGUUCAUUCACCGCUUUAAUAAAAUAACAAUUGUGGUUGUUCAAAGCUUUAUAUUGCCAUCUCUGUUGCACCAUGUCACAUCUCCACCCGAUUCAACUGUUUCAGGAAUUGCAUUGUUUUCUUCGUAUCUCUUCAUCAUUCAUCCUGUGUUUUGUUUAAAUAUCACCUAUUUUCACCUUUAUUUUAUUAUCCUUUAAAAAUUAUUUUGAAUGUUAACCAUAAAAAUAAUGAAUUUAUAAUAUCAAAUUACUUUUUGAUGAAUUAAAUUUUGACGAG